UUUUUUGGUUUCACUCUGCUCUUCGUCUCCUUCCUCUCUUUCUUUCUCUGAAACUUUGUUUCUCUCACUCUCUAGAAAUCACUCUCGCAUUCAUUCUUUUUUUUUCUGAUCGCGAGAUAGCCAUCUUUCCUUUAUCCCGUCGAUGCAUUGAUCGGAGUAUGUGAUCGUAGUACAAUCUUAUUUGUCGUUUCUAUCUUGUUUAGCCAUUGAUGGUGGUCGCUCUUGUUUUCUCUCCUUUUUAGAGAACCCAUUGGGAAAUUCGAGAACUUUAGACGAUCAAAGCUAUCUUUAUAAUUCCGUAAUAUUCUUUUAAGACAAAAUGUUGAAGCCUAUUAAACAUGUGUCGGAACCUGACACUGUCGCCGAUAAGCUACGCAGAUCACUGAACAUGACAAAUAAUAAUAAACAAGACAAUGCUCACGUCGAAUUCGGAUCGCCAAUCACUCCGCUUCAGACACAACCGAGUGGACUCACCUCCGCGGCGACCACCACUUCCAACAGCAGUUUCAGUUCUAGCUCAUCUGGAUCGGUAACGGGUCGUUCCGGACACACUCAUGUUUCGACGAAAUCCGAUUCCGUUCGGUCAAAUCCCUCCGCCGUACAGUCUUCCAGGGCCACCGCUCCCUCCGCCGCUCAAACUUCUAAGACAAGCAAUCCCUCCGCCGCUAAAUCCUCCAAGUCCUCCGCCGCUCGAUCCGGGUCUAGCAUUAAUCCCGCCGGCGCUAAAGCAGGGUCGAACCCGAGACCGGGACGGGUCUCUUCAGCGUCGGACUCGGCUCCGAGCACGAAACGAUCGAGCAAAGGCUCUGCUCCGCCGCCGCCCCAGCCGGUCAAAGUCCUCCCCGGCGGGAAUCUUUUCCCGUCCGGGAAGGUUCAUAUAACGGGAAUGACACAAGGAGUGCCAAAACGCAUGGUUCUUGGACCAGGCUCCAAGUCUUACGGAUACGGUAGCGUCAUGAGAGGAAACAGCUACUCCUCUUCAACGGUUGCGAAGCCACCGCCAACGACGACUUCUGGUUCUUCCUCCGGCGCACUUGUGAUCUCCCGCUGCUCCAGCGGCGGCGGUGGUGGCGGCUCUGAGGUGGAUACGUCGUGGAAGAGAGUGAUGAACAGUCCGAAUCCAGAGGAAGUAAAGAGACUCGGCAACGAGAUGUUCAAGAAAGGUUGUUUCGGCGAGGCUUUGAAGUUUUACGACCGAGCGUUAGAGCUCUCGCCGAGUAAUGCCACUUACCGUAGCAACCGAGCAGCUGCUUUGUCCGGUUUAGGUCGGAUUGCCGAAGCUGUGGUUGAGUGUGAACUAGCUAUCAAAUUAGAUCCAAGUUUUGCAAGGGCUCAUCAUCGUUUAGCCACAUUGCUUCUUAGAUUAGGUCAAGUUGAUAAUGCAGGGAAGCACUUUUUCUACGUGGAGGAACCAUCAGAUCCAAUGGUGGUGAAGGUGCUUGAAGAAGUUGAUAGACACUUGAACAAAUGCGCAGAUGCAAGAAGACGUGGCGAAUGGAAUAUUGUUCUGACAGAAGUAAGUGCUGCUAUGGAGUCUGGAGCUGAUAUGUCCCCUCAGCUAGCCAUGUGUAAAGUUGAAGCACUAAUGAAGCUCCUAAGGCUUGAUGAGGCUCAGACAAUACUAGCAGAUUCUCCCAAAAUAGAACUGUUACCAUCAUCUUUCACACAGAUUCGGUUUUUCGAUAUGAUCUCUGAAGCUUACUUAUACUUUGUUAAAUCUCAGAUGGAGUUGGCUCUAGGAAGGUUUGAAAACGCGGUAACAUUUAUAGAGAAAGCUUCAGAGAUGGAUCCACGAAACUGUGAAAUAGAAACGUUGAUUAGAAACGUUAGAAUGGUAGUUAGGGCGCGUGAUCGUGGUAACGCUCUUUAUGGCUCAGAAAGAUACACUGAAGCCAGGGGAGCUUAUGCGGAAGGUCUUAAGUUUGAUCCUUACAACGCUACUCUGUUCGGUCAUAGAGCAGAUUGUUUCUUUAAAGUUGGGAUGUGGGAGAGCUCGAUAGAAGAUUGUAGCCAUGCAUUGCUCAUUCUACCUAGUUACACAAAGGCUCGUCGUCAAAGAGCUGCCUCAUACGGCAAGCUGGAGAGAUGGGCUGAAGCAGUGAGCGAUUAUGAAACCUUGAGAAAGGAACUAUCUUAUGACAGAGAAAUUGCUGAAUCUUUGUUUCAUGCUCAAGUUGCAUUGAAGAAAUCUCGUGGAGAAGUAGUUUUAAACAUGGAGUUUGGAGGUGAAGUUGAGGAGGUUUUUAGCCUUGAAGAGUUAAAAGCUGCAUUGACCCGUCCAGGGGUUUCCAUUGUACUUUUUAUGAAAAUCUCUGAUCAACAAUGCAAAGACAUAUCUAUCUUCAUGGAUGCACUAUGUAUUCGUUACCCAUCUCUACACUUCCUCAAGGUGGAGAUAGAGAAAUGUCCUGGAGUGGGUGAUGCAGAGAAAGUGAGAGUUGUGCCAACCUUCAAGAUUUACAAAGUUGGGAUUAGGAUGAAGGAGAUUGUGUGCCCAAGCAAGGAAGCACUGGAGAUUUCAGUGAGACACUAUGGCCUUUAAGCAAACUCUCAAAGAUAUUUACUUGGUUCAUAUGAAAAAAAAACAGCAAGAGGAAAAUUUUGUCAAUAAUCUCUCAGAGUUAGGUAGAGUAUUACUUUCUGAUUUUGUUCGUUCAUUGCUCGGUUAUUAGAGAUUAAAUGUGUAUAUAGAGAAAAUUUUGCUUAGGUGAUGAAACCAUAGAAAAUAAACAUCAGAGAGAGACAUUCAUUCAUGUUGUCAAAACAUUUUUGCCAUGAAUAAAAAU